AUGGCCGAGCUGCUUGGGGUCGCCUCAGGCGUUGCAGGCCUGGUUCAGUUAGCCUUGGUCCUUUCUCAGGCGUCCCACGAGUAUGUGGUGAAAAUGCGCAACGCUCCCAAAACAACAUCACAGUAUCUAAGGGAAGUCCUCGCCUUGAGCCAUGUUCUUCUCCAGCUGGAGGAAGUGUUAUCUUUACCAGGAGUCAAAACUGCCUUGACGGUCGACCCCGACCUCCUGCCCAGGUCACUCAUAUCAGAAUGUCAGAAGGAGCUCGACGCCGUCAAGCAAAAGCUGCAGAAACGCAGCGGCCCGGCAAGUGGCUUCAGGUCAAGGUUUCGAGCUCUCUCGUGGCCCUUCGAAGAGAAGGAGAUGAAACAGAUCAUCGAGAACCUGUCGCGAUGGAACAAUAUUUUCAGCUCUCUUGCAACAACAUGCAAUUUGCGAAUUUCCAAUGGUGCACUCGUUGCGACCCAGGAGAAACAAAACGCAGAUGAUCAACGCACAGCUGUGCUGGAUUGGAUCCACCCCGAUACUUCCGCCAUAGAUAAUAGCUAUAUCCUUCAAAACUACUGCGAAGAUACGUGUUUGUGGAUCCUCCAAGACAAGAACUAUCUUGACUGGCAGGAUGGCGACGGAAAGUCGUUGUUUUGUGUAGGUGGACCUGGCGUCGGCAAGACAACAUUGACCUCCUUUCUUGUCAAUCACAUAACCACGACUAAGCCUGCUGCCGCUCACGUUCUUUACCACUAUUUCAACUUUCGGACGGAAUCUAAACACAACAAGGUUGACACUGUGACCAGAAACCUCCUUCGACAACUGCUGGAGAUGACCGAUCGUCUUCCGGAAUCAAUUCUAUCUCUGUACGAGAAGAACUGUCAGGCAAAGUCCGAAAUAACUGACAAAGUAUGGAUUGACACCUUAUGUAAUCAAGUCCGCGCAUUGCCACUGGUUUUCAUUAUGCUUGAUGGUUACGACGAGUGUCCCGAUCGAUUUGGUCUAAGUAGACUCUUUAGAAGUCUCAAAUAUACCGCAGCAAAGGUAUACAUCGCUGGACGACCCCCUUUUGAUUUUGACACGGAUAUCAAUUCUCAUGGAGAGAUCGAAAUUCUGGCGGAAGAGGAGGAUUUGACGACCUUCAUUCGUUCAAGGCUCGGACGAGAUGAAGAAUUGGAAUCUCUGCUAACCACCUCUCUCAUUGAUGAGAUCGUUGCCACAUUGAUCGAACAUGCUCAAGGAGUGCAAGUAUCCUUCCUGAUCAUCAGAAAAGCCCUGCGCACUGUGCCAAAAGAUCUACGCUCAGCCUAUCAAGCCACCUUUGAUAGAAUCAUGGCUAAUCAGUCGGCCAAGCGCAGUCUUGCGCUGAAAAGUCUGGUAUGGGUGGUGAGCAGCCGACGUCCGCUGCAGAUGACAGAGUUGCUUCAUGCAUUAGCGAUGGAAGACGAUGACACAGAGGUUGACCCCGACAAUCUCACCACGUCCAAAUCAGUGAUUACUGCAUGCCUGGGCUUUUUGGAGCACAACGAAAGAGACAACAUUGUAAAGCUUACACAUGCCACCGUCCGAGAGUUUCUCGAUCACGAUUGCUGCGAUGUUCUGCAGUCAUAUGAGCUUGGAAUUGCACGGAUCUGUGUCAAAUAUCUUGCGCAGCCAGCCUUCACACGGGAGCCUUGCCCAACGUUGGCAGAUCUGCUUACCCGACUCAUGGAUUUUCCACUGCUGCCUUACGCAGCGUCCUACUGGGGCAUUCAUGCGCUCGGAAAUCAAGAAAAAUUGACGGUGGAAAUAUCCAACCUUUUACGCGACCCAAACGUUGUGGCCAAUGCAGCACAGGUAUUUCAUUACUUGCGCCGGACAAAUGGGCAGUUGACAGAAAAGGCCUUCUCUGAGUUACCCCAAGCCUUCGGAAAAAUGCAUCUGCUGGCGCUGUGGGGCCUGAAGAACAUUGCCGUACUAGAAUCACCCACUUAUGAUGAGAUUAUAGCACCAGACUCGCUUGGAUGGACCCCUUUACACUGGGCUGCUGCCCGAGGUCACUCUACAAUGCUGGAAUUUCUGUUGUCACGUGGGGCUGAUGUAGAGGCUCAAGACUUCAGACACUGGACACCAGUGUUCUGGGCUGUGUUCUGGUCUCGCCUGGACGCUCUACGUUAUCUGACCGGAAGAGGGGCCAACAUAAUGUCAAAAGACACCGACGGAAAUACACCACUCCAUAUUGCCGUAUCACGGGGCAAUCCGGAGAUAUGUGUUGAACUUCUCAGACAAAAUGCCGACUGGUCAGCAAAGUCGACAUCCCUGGGUUCACCUUACGACCAAGCAAUACGAUCUCAGAACCCCAUGAUUGCUUGCGUCUUCUUAGACCUCUUGAAGCCUCAUCCCAUGGCGGUUAUGUCAGGCCAGACCUCUGAGCAAACAGUUCUCGAGCGAUCCGUCGCCUGGUUCCCUACAGCACCCGGCAGUGUAUUCAGGGUUACCCUCGAGGGUGAAACGACAGCCGCAGAACGGGCAGAUUGGCCACGUCCACUGUUACCAAGACUGGAACAAUAUGCCGCAGCUCUGCGGGAGAAAGAUCCUCACAGGCUGUGUCAGAUUGGCUCAGAUGUAGCUUUCGAUUGGUUCGCCAAGGAUUUGAUUGAUCAAGACGACUAUGUGUCUGGCGUGCUAUCUUUCGCUAUCCUGACAGAGAAUAUAGAGAUGGUCAAGGCGCUGAUAGGGAUUGGUGUCAACCUCAACAAACCGUGGUCACGGAGAUAUACCAGGAUCUAUGCAUAUCAGUUUCCGACUCUCUUCGCGUCUUAUUUGGGCAACUUGGAGCUUCUUGAGCUUCUUCUGUGCCACGGAGCGAGUGUUGAUGUAUCAGAUUUCCACGCCCGGAAUCCACUACACUACGCAGUGAUAUUAGGUCAUGAGAAGACAGCACACAGACUGUGUCUGCAUAAGCAACUGCUGAACGCACAAGACAAAGAGGGGAACACAGCUCUACACCUGGUCUGGACAAAGCUACUCCGUGCACAGCAUGGUCAUCAAUGGCCGAGCAAAGCUCCAAUCACAGUGACGCCUGCGGAAGUCGGUGAGUUCCUUGAUCUUGCUGAGCUCUUAGUCGUAAGUGGAUCAGACCUCAAUGUUCAGAACAGAUCCGGCUUUACAUCUCUACAUAAUGCUGUACAGACCGGCGAAAUUGAGUCUGUGAAGAAGCUGAUCAAGCUCGGUGCUGAUAUGAAUGUUCGAGCACACCAAGGAGAUUGGGUAGGAGGACGACUCUUCAGACAGCCCAUUGAUGAAGGCGCCGAGCAAAAGCAAAAAUUCAACGGUGACACUCCAUUUACUUUGGCUUGCAAUAACCACAAACUUGGCAUUGCCUCUAUUCUCCGUGAAGCCGGGGCACUCUUGCCAAAGGACAUGGAUCUAAGACAUCCAUCGUUGGAAACAGCAGUCGCAAAUGCCGAUUUAUCUGCCCUACGAAUUUUGUUUUCUUUCAGCUCGGCAUCGCAUGUCGCUGGCCAUCGCCGGGUUGAUGAUUUACCACUUUUAGUAGUCGCUAUACGCGCCCUUCACUGGGUCAUGGACAAAGAACACCAAGAUGAGACAGACUUCAGACCACCCUUCAUUGCACCAAGCAAUCAAACAGACCCGGCCGAAGCUGUUGAGAGAUAUGGCUCGGUCAUAGACUACCUCCUACGUGUGGGCCAAGAUCCAAACGAGACUGACAAUACUGGUAGCACGGCCCUUCUCGAGGCCUUGAAGGACGAUUCUAACAUCGGAAUUGUCGAAAUGCUUCUGAAACGCGGUGCCGACGGCCAUAUAAUUGAUGAUGCUGGUAACAAUGCCCUGCAUGUUGCUGCUGCGUGUGGAUCCAUACCCUACGUAAGGCUAUUCUUAUCACACAAAACAGAUCUCAAUCAGAAGUCACACAACGGUACCACACCAAUCUCUCUAGCUGCAGCAAACGGCCAUGAAGACGUAGUAUCACUAUUUCUGGCAGAGGAGAUAUUCGAUUCUCAGAUUGAUUCCCAGGACACAUGGAUUCUCCUUAGUCAAUGUUACAAUGUGAUAAAAAAGGGGGGAAUUGAACAAGCGCGAAGCCUUCUAGCACAGAGCCCACCGCUCACGUUCGUAAAUCGAGCAGGCAGGAGCUUACUCCACAUGGCCGCAGACGCUGGUGUGGAGGAACUGAUCUCCACUCUGCUUUCAAGAGGGAUAGAAGUCGACGUCCAGGAUAACCGAGGUGAUACAGCUUUGCACGUCGCGGCAGCAUCCAAAAAUCCCAACCCUGCUGUGAUUAAAUUGCUCGUUGACCAUGGAGCAGAUCUUGAGAUCAGGAACUACGCGGGAGACGCAUACGGAAUCCAUCGCAUUCCGCAUAAUGCAUUGUCACUGCACAUGGCCGCAUAUGCGGGAAAUCUGGAAGUAGUCAAGACUCUUAUCGUCUGUUUCAUCGCAAAGUUUGGCGAAGAGAAAGUAUUGGGGGUGAAAAACACUGUUCCAAGGUCGCCUGGUCCGACGAGCUCGAAAAGUGUCUCCGAGUCCUCAUCGUUCAAGCCGUCAAUCUCUCGUGCCAACUCCCCAGAGCGCCUCCUUUACCGAGAACCACCAAUCAUCGACGCAACAUCUGACGAUUGCGGCCGCACUCCCCUUAUGUGCGCGGUGGAGGCCGGAGGUGUCGAGUUGGUGAAGUACAUGCUGGAGAUGGGAGCCAAAGUCAAUACGAGCGGUGGAAGGGGAAGUUGGGGGUUCACUGCGCUUGACCUCGCACUACCCGAAGGUCAUCGCAGAAGGAAUUAUAACUCGAGUGACGAUGGGGAGCAAGAGGUGAAAGAAGCCAAAACCCCAAUGGUCACUUUGCUUGAGAGUUAUGGGGCAGAGGUUUUUGACUGGUAA